AUGCGGGGACGCAGGAGACAGAUAACCGAAGUGCCUAUUUCCAAUCCAGUUACAGGUAAGUUUCGCAUAUAAUCAGGGCAAUUUUUAAGUAAGUGUCAAUUGUAAUCUGGGAUUUUAUUUCGGUCUGUGAUUGGUCAAAAAAACUCGUCCCAUUCUGGACUUCAAAUUAAUUACAAGUGAUUCUGUAUUUCUUAAAGGUAAACUGAACAAGAUGCUCAUCACUGUCGCUGGUUCUGAGAGGCUCAACACAAGCUCCCUACGCUUGGAACUCAUUACCCCUGAAGGAGCUAGGAUUACUGACGUCACGUUGCAGACAACUGACAACGUCCAUUUCACCGCAAGUUUUACGCCUCGCACGAGUCAACCAUUCAAACUCAGGCUCAGUGGUAUCACUCGUGGCCGCAACACUUUUGAGAGAAUUUCUCGACAGAAGAUCAAACCCUCCAGGGCCCUGCUCAGAGUAAGAUACGCCAGUAAUGAUUAUACACUUCCCUUAGGACGAGUCACGUUUGUUCAUUUUGAGAUCUGCAACUUUGGCGCCACUGAGUAUUUUGACGUUACAGUCGUGAAAGAUCGAAUGGGUUUGAUUAUUAGCCCACAAAUUUCAUCCAAACGUGUCAUUAAAGGCCACUGCGCGAUUAUAUCUGUCCGCGCCAGAGCUACGCGGCCCGAGGACGUGGACAAGACCGACAUCUUAUUCUUGAUAGUAAAGGGCCGCACAUCUAAAGUUCUUGCCUCACAGGGGUGCGUCUUUUUUGUUGUGCCAUAA